GUUUCUGGAAAAUCACUAUAAAAACGAGGAGAGAGAAAGUUCACUUGUACUUGUACACCGUCGAAUUUUGGGGUUGAGUUGGUGUCAUCAUUGUGUCAACAUGACAAUGUGGAGGUCUUCUUCCACUCUACGAGCUUACGUCACGCGAACACUUUCAUCGCCGGCAAUACGCCGCCGCAAUUCGCCGGUGUAUAUUACUAGUGGCGGCGGUGUCUUUUUUGUAAACUCUCCUUUGAUAUCGCCGGCGGCUUUCGUCACUCCGACCGCUGUGCUUUCGUCGUCCGGUGGCAUUUUCAGGCCCAAUACUGGACUCUAUUCCGACAAGAGGAUAAACCUGAAGGGGUACGCAUUGUUGUCAACUUCAUCUGGUGACGUAAAUGGAGCAAAGCAGGUCGUCAAGCAAAAUAUUAGCCGGGAUGCUAAAGUUGAUCAAAUUCCAGAUAUGAAAAUGUUAACUACCCUGGUUAAGUACUUAUGGUCAAAGGAUAAUCUUGAAUUUCGUUUCAGGGUCAUAGCAGCCUUAGGAUUCCUAGUUGGUGCUAAGGUUUUGAACGUUCAGGUGCCUUUCUUGUUUAAACUUGCAGUUGAUUGGCUUACAACUGCAACUGGAAAUGCCAACACUCUUGCUUCGUUCUCAGCUGCCAAUUCAUACAUGCUUGCUUUUUUUGUUAGUCCAGCUGCUGUUUUAAUUGGUUAUGGGAUUGCACGAACUGGUGCUUCAGCUUUCAAUGAACUACGAACUGCUGUAUUUUCCAAGGUAGCUCUGCGGACAAUUCGUUCCUUAUCACGGAAGGUUUUCUCACAUUUGCAUGACCUUGACCUCCGAUAUCAUUUAAGUCGAGAAACUGGUGGUCUGAAUCGAAUAAUUGAUCGUGGUAGCCGUGCUAUAAACUUCAUUCUCUCAUCUAUGGUGUUCAAUAUUGUACCUACAAUUUUAGAGAUAUCUAUGGUAUCAGGUAUAUUGGCUUAUAAAUUUGGAGCUCCUUUCGCAUGGAUUACUUCCUUGUCAGUUGCUGCAUAUAUUGCUUUCACGCUGACCGUGACGCAGUGGAGGACAAAGUUUAGAAAAGCCAUGAAUAAAGCUGAUAAUGACGCAAGUACGAGGGCCAUUGAUUCACUUAUUAACUACGAGACUGUCAAAUACUUCAACAACGAAAAUUUUGAAGCUGAAAAAUAUGACGAGUUUUUGAAGAGGUAUGAAGGUGCUGCGCUGAAGACUCAACGAAGUCUUGCUUUUCUCAAUUUUGGCCAAAAUGUGAUAUUCAGCACAGCUUUAUCAACUGCUAUGGUCUUGUGCUCAAACGGUAUACUGUCUGGGCAGAUGACAGUUGGUGAUUUGGUUAUGGUUAAUGGCCUCCUCUUUCAGCUGUCACUUCCGUUGAAUUUUCUUGGUAGUGUAUAUCGGGAGACAAUCCAGAGUCUUGUUGACAUGAAAUCGAUGUUUCAGUUACUAGAGGAAAAGGCUGAUAUCAGUGACAAAGAAACUGCGAAGCCUUUGGAGUUGAAGGGGGGUAGCAUUCAGUUUGAUAAUGUACAUUUCGGUUACCUUACCGAAAGAAAGAUACUUGAUGGGAUAUCAUUUGUCGUACCAGCUGGACGAAGUGUGGCUAUUGUUGGCACUAGUGGAAGCGGCAAGUCAACCAUUCUCAGAUUGCUCUUCAGAUUCUUUGAUCCUCAUUCUGGACAUAUAAGAAUUGAUGGUCAAGAUACAAGUGAAGUAACUCUUGAAAGUCUCCGGAAAACUAUUGGUGUUGUGCCACAGGAUACGGUACUUUUCAAUGACACAAUAUUUCACAACAUCCGUUAUGGUUGUCUGACAGCAACAUCAGAGGAGGUGUAUGAGGCUGCACGACAAGCAGCAAUUCAUGAUACUAUUAUGAAUUUCCCUGAGAAGUAUUCAACUGUUGUAGGGGAAAGAGGCCUAAAGUUGAGUGGUGGUGAAAAGCAGCGUGUUGCGUUAGCUCGUGCGUUUCUCAAGUCUCCUCCCAUUCUGCUUUGCGAUGAAGCUACAAGUGCACUAGACAGCACCACAGAGGCGGAAAUUUUAAGUGCAUUGAAAUCACUUGCGAGCAAUCGGACCUCCAUUUUCAUUGCUCAUCGGCUUACAACUGCAAUGCAAUGUGAUGAGAUUGUAGUUCUGGAAAAUGGAACAGUAGUCGAGCAAGGGCCACAUGAGGUUCUUCUGUCGAAGGGUGGUAGAUACUCUCAGCUCUGGGCUCAGCAAAACAGCACUGGUGAUUUUGUUGAUUCAGCUAUCAAGUUGUAAGCCAAGGUAAAAAUGAAGUACUAGCAUUUAAGCGGUGAUCAUUUGCGGGCUUGGACGGGUAGCGGGUCGGGUCUAGGCUUACUUUUUUGUCCAACGUGCCUCGAAAGACUGGCAGAUCAUAUUAACGCGGUAAGGACUAUGGAAGAAAAAUGAAUUUUCUUUUGCAGCUUUCGCAACCUUUAGUUUGUUGUACUAUGUAUAAAAAAAUUAGUCUGUUGCACGAGGUUAAUUUAAUACUCAGUACAUAAGAUUAUAGGAAUUGUUUUUCAGUUAAAAAUAAUUUUCUGGGGGAUGCGUUGAUUAUUUUGGUUGAUUGGAAAUUUAGAAGUUUUGCUUUGACUA